AUGAUGACUGUUCAGCAAUCGUCGCCUCGGCCAGCCCACAAGCACCCGGCCCCGAUCCAGCCUCACACUUCGAAACACUCGUUGACAUCGUCCGGCUCGUCGCCUCUGCUCUCUGCCGCAACCACGGCCACCACUGCCUCGCUGUACUCGACCUCGAUCAAUGAUCUCAAGAAAUUCCAGUCUGAAUCCACAUCCCAUACCCACAACCCCUCGGCCGCUUCAAAUGACGAUGGCGCCGGUCUCGCUGGCUUCCCAGCAUCAGGCUCGUCUGCCGACCCGGCUGCGGCCGCGGCUGCUGCCACCGUGCCCAUCGAGACCCAGGAGCUGCAGUUCUCCGAGUUCGUGUGCACCAUCGUCUACCUAUUCCUCGACCGGCUUCCUCGGGAUCUCCCCUUCUCCCAGCGACUGUCGGCCCCCUUUACGACCGAUCCCAAGUACAGCGAGUUCCGAGACUCGUUCUACUGCUCACUGCAGCUCAUCCAUCGGGCCCUCAAGGCGACCUCCAAGGCCAUUCCGCUGCCCAUGGUCGUUGCGGCUCUGAAGCUGAUUGCGCGCAUCGUCGAGCUGAGCGAAUACGCCUCGUCGCCAGGCUCGGAGGGCUACCUCUUUUGCAUCGCGCUGAUGACGUCGCAAAAGUGUCUGGCCGACAACGUCUAUGCCAACUCGACCUGGGCCAAGAUCACAAAGCUGCCAGUCGAAACGCUCAACACUCUGGAGUUUGAGUUUCUGUCCUGCGUCGACUACAAGCUCCAUCUCCACAAUACCGAAUAUGAGGAGUUUUACAAGUACAUCCACUCGGUGGCCAGGCUCUGGGCAAAGCCCGUCACUGCCCUGCCUCCGAGCGAAGAGACUCCCAUCACCCGCGGCACCGCCAUCACCCGCCGCCCAACCAUAACCGAGUCGGUCAAGCCGCAGCGAUCCAAAUCCAUGGGCUCGCGGCCUCCCCUCAAUCUGCAAACCGCUACCAUUGUCAACGCCCAGGUCUUCAAGACCACCAUGACCCCCACGACCCCGGUCGAGGCCAAGCCAAAGUCUGCCCGCGAAGGCGAGGGCGAGGGCGAUGCUGCUCCCUUCCAGUACCCGCCAUCCCAGGCAGCCUACAACCCGAGGGGCAAGUCAAAGAGCUUCUCAUCAUCGCAGCCCCAGGACGCUCCUCCUCCCAUCACGCCCACGUACUCCAAUCCACCUGCCGUGGCCAAGACUCGCAGCAAUGCUGCCUCGAUUUCCGACCGCCCGGUCGAGCCGCAGCGCAAGGGCUCGCUGGAUCCCUCGCUCCUGUCGUACUGCAACACCGGAUCGGACGGCCAGUCGGCCGUCAACAGCUAUGUCGGCUCGUACGGAGGGCAGCCGAUUCCGUCAAGCCCGCUCCACUACCACAGCAACGGCAGCGGUGUCUGGAAUCGGAAAAUGUCGUCGUCGCCGGCGCCCGGAACGUCGCCCCCACACGACCGGUCGUCGCAAUACCAGCGCCUCUCUGGGGCUGUCUUGGACUCUGGCCUGCAGAUCCACGGAUCGAAUCUGAAGCGAUCGACUCGACCGCACUCUGCGUCGCCGGAGCAGGAUGGCCGCGGCAGCGCGACGCCGACACCGCCUUCGGGCCCCCGCUCGGCCACCCCGACCAACAAACGAACCUUUGGGCUGUUUUCGGGCUCGACUUUUACCCUCACGGGCAUGUUUGGAAUGCUGCCGCCGAUGCCGAUCUCGGCGGCUCCCAGCGUCGUGUCGGACUCGAAGCGCGACGGCAGCCGGCCCGUGUACGAUCGCUCGAGCGUCGUGCUCUCUCCGAUCCCGCCCAUGUCUCCGCCAAAGUCGCCGCCGCCAAAGUACAUUUCGCCAACGCUGACCAAGGUCACCAAUGCCCUGAUGGAGGUCAGCAUCGGCCGUGGCGGCAGUGGCAGCGGCAGUGCUGUCGGCAGCAGCUCCUAUUCGGCUGUCAGCAACGGAAGCAGCGGUAGUGGCAGCGGCAGCGGCAGCGGCAACGACCAGUCGUACAACUUCCAUCCGCCCUCGCCGCUGCUCAAGGGCUCGAUACAGCGACGCAAGAAGCUCCUGCAGAGCCUGAGCGACGCCAAUCCGUCGGCGCAGACGGUCGGCCGCGGAUCCGGCAGCGAGCUUGGCCGGUCCGACAGCGUCUCGAAGAGCAGCAAGUCCAAGAAGACGAUCGACCGCAGCCAGGAGAUUGCGAUGCUUCUGGGCCAAGCUUCGCUCCAUGGCAAACUCGGCAGAAUCUAG